ACUUUCUCAUUUUACGCGUACGUAUUUAUUUAGAUUCGAAUUAAAAUGGGUUUAAAAAUCGAACGACCGCGUGCUCGGUGUAGGAAGUUCACAAAAAUGGAUGUAAUUUUGUGUUUAUUUUUAUGUUUUAGUCCAAUCUUUGCGGCGAAGUUGCCCAGUGAUAUGACUCUAGUUUACAGUGAUAACAGUAUUAGAAGCGAUGCCAAAAAUUAUAACUUUACACGCAGUGAGAACUAUUUACGAAACGACCAAAGUUACUCGAUAAUUAGAAGAAGUUUUAGCACAGAAGAUGCAUCUGUCGGUCGCACCUUCGGCCCGCGCUUCAAGAAGAUGCUGCAGGCGCUGGUGCCGCUGGCGUUCAACCUGGGCAUGGCGUCCACGUGGGCGGUGGUGGCGGCACUGGUCGGCAUCAAGACGCUGGGCGUCACGCUGCUCAUCCUCAAGCUGCUGCUGCUGGCCGGUGCCGCGAAGGUGGGCGCGUUCUUCGCUAGCAAGGUGCAUCCAGCGCCGGCGAAGUGGGAGCCGCAGAAGGAGAUCCACCUCCACAUACACAACGGACACCAUGAUGAGGAGCAUAUACCUAUCGCGCCCGUUGGCGCGUGGAGCAGGGAGGGGCAGGUUGGGGACACGAAGCACAUCGACGCGCCGUUCAGCCCGUACCCGGGGCCGCAGACCAUUAGCACGCCGUACGGUAACUACGUGAGGGUGGAGCCCGGCCAGCCGCUGCCUGCCAUGAUGCCGACCUUCCCGCAGACUAACCAUCAACGUUAGCCCUUACCGAACACUAUGUAAUACAGCACUGAAAGAUUACUUGAUACAGAAUUGUGAAGGCAUUAGAUUACUCUCUUUAUCGGGACGCUGAUUCUACAUUUUAUAGAACAUCAAUGCAGCGCCUUUGUUUGUUUGUUUGUAGUCUGAAGCAAACAGGCAACAGUGUCGGUAUAGUGUAUACGUAUUUAUUGAUGUCAAAUCUUCAUUGUACAAUUAUAGGCAACAUUAAUGCAGGAUCACUCCUUGAUCGAAACAUUAGUAGAUCAAAACAGCCAAAUUGUAUUCUCUAGAAAUGUCAAACCAAGUUUAUAAUGUUUGUUCACGAAAAGUAGAACAGUAAUUUUCUGUUUACUUUAAACGGAAUUAGGUUAGGCUUACGGCUUAGGCUGAAUAAUAAUGUUUCACAAAGCUGCAUUAGUGUUGCACAAAAAUGAAAUAAUUGAGGUACUGGCCUCAGACAAUCAAAUUGUUAGAUUAGAACAAGUAUGGAUUACCCAAUAUCCAUAAUUUAAAUUCCUGAGCAAAAGAUAGAAUAGCUACAGAGCUAUACUAUCUUUUGCUCAGUAUUUUCAUAAAAUAGGCAACUAUGUCACCAUCAUUAUCAGUGUUUAUUUUACAUGUAGAGCCGCCAGGAGGUAGCCAACAUUUGCAAUUACAGAAAAAGCCGAAGAGGAGUUGGCUAUAAUAUGGGUUAGGAUUUUAUGAACAUAAUAUACUGUUGCAGUUUUUAAUGUUUGUUUAUAGGAAAAGUAAAAGAAGUUGCUUUCCUGUAAAUAAUAUAUUAGAACACAGCUACACACAUCGUUGCAAUGCAGCAAU